AGCCUGCUUUCAACUUCAGUCUUCCGAACCGUCCAGUCAUCCCAACCAAUCACCAUGGCCUUCCGCUACCUCAUCCCUCUGUGCGCCCUGGUGGCCUACGCCAAUGCCGGUCUCUUGGCCAGCCAUGUGGCCAUUGCCAAUCCCUCGGUGGAUGCCGUCGCCUCCACCCAGCAGAACGUGGUGAGGUCCUUUGCCGGCACCGUGUCCAGCUACUCGAAGGCGGUGGACACCCCGUACUCCAGCGUGAGGAAGAGCGACACUAGGAUCCAGAACAAUGUCUAUACUCCGGCUAUUGCCAAGACCACUUAUGCUGCUGCUGCUGCUCCUGCUGCUCUGUACACUCAGGCCACUCCCAUUGUGGCCAAGACUCUGGUCCAUGCCCCAGCUCCCGUCGUGGAGAAGCAUGUCUACGCUGCUCCAGCUCCAGUUUUGGCCAAGACUCUGUACGCCGCUCCUGCUCCAGUUGUGGCCAAGACUGUGUAUUCCGCUCCAGCUGCGGUUUAUACUGCUCCCGCUCCAGUUGUAGCCAAGACCGUUUACUCCGCUCCCGCUCCAGUUUAUGCUGCUCCAGCUCCAGUUGUAGCCAAGACCGUUUACUCCGCUCCCGCUCCAGUUUAUUCCGCUCCCGCUCCUGUUUUGGCCAAGACCGUGUCCUAUGCCGCUCCAGUGGCCACCACCAACGUGAACCACGGACCCGCCGCCACCACCUACACCCACAAUGCCCCCGCUCUGGGCGUCUCCAGCUAUGGCAGCUCCCAGACGGUCCACUACUCCCCCGCCAAGAGUGUGUCGCACAUGAGCUUCGAUGGAUUCGGAACCCACUGGGGUUUCUAAGUUAAAAGACUUGGCCUCUUGGCUCGAGCAGUUGUUAAUGUUUGUUGGUC